AUGUCAAGCAACCCCCUCCGCAAGCACUACGACGUCGUCAUCAUCGGCGGCGCAACCAGCGGCUCCUCCAUCGCCUGGCACCUAUCCACAAACCCAGACUUCAAGGGCUCAGUGCUAGUUGUCGAGCGAGACCCGUCACUGGAGUACUCCGCCACAAAGGCCAGCAACAACUGCAUGCGCCAGCAAUUCGCAACGGCCAUCAACGUCCAGAUCGCGCAGUACGCAGCCGACUUUGUUAAGCGCUUCGGUGCUGAGUUCCCUCCUGAUCCUCGCGUCCCCUUUACGUCGUCUAUUCGUAACUUUGGAUAUCUUUACUUGUCUAAUUCGGAAAGCUUUACGGAUGUCCUGAAGAAGGACCAGGAGUUACAGGCUAGCCUGGGGGCGGGAACCAAGAUUAUAUCUGAGAAAGAUAUAAAGGAUAAAUAUCCAUUCUUCUACACCGAGGACCUUCACAGCGCCAGUCUGAAUCUCGUCGACGAAGGCGCAUUCAACGCCUGGGGCAUGGUGCAAUGGCUACGCAGCACAGCCCGCAACAACGGCGUCGAGUUCAUCACAAACGAAGUCAUCGACGCAGAGCUACAAGACAGCAAGAAAGUGAAAAGCAUCAAACUGAAAACCGGAGAGGAAAUCACCGUCGGCACCGUGGUGAACGCCGCAGGAACCCGCGCUGCCUCUGUCGCCAAGAUAGCUGGCAUCCCUGACCUACCUGUCGAGGCUCGACGGCGUUAUACAUACAUCUUCGAGGUUGAUGAGAGCCUGCCCCAGGAUCUCCCCCUGACUAUCGACCCAUCGGGCGUGCAUCUUCGCUCUUACGGUGCUAGGGACUACCUCGUCGGCUGUCCUCCCACCGGGCCCGAUACAGCGGUGGACGUGGACGAUUUCAGCUUCGCGGAGAAUGCAUGGGAGGAGAAGAUUCUCCCUAUUAUCAGCCGUAGGGUUCCCCGGUUUGGUACUGCACGCGUGACGGAAUCCUGGAUGGGCCAUUAUGAGUUUAACACGUUCGACCAUAAUGCCAUCGUGGGCCCGCAUAGUGAGGUCAGCAAUUUUCUGUUCUGUGUUGGCUUUUCGGGACACGGCAGCCAGCAGGCACCGGCUUGUGGGCGUGCUGUUGCUGAGUUGAUUGUAUAUGGGAAGUUUCAGACGCUGGAUCUUGGUGUGCUUUCGUAUCAGAGGAUUGUUGAGAAUCGGCCUUUGACGGAGAGGGCGGUUAUAUAG